AUGAUUACCACUAGGGCAGUGUACACCGCCGAAGUGGUCAUUGACGACACUACGUUCAAUCUCCUCGUCGACACCGGCAGCAGCGAUACGUGGGUUGCAUCACUCAAUACCACAUGCUUUGACCCAUUUGCUGAAGCGGCAUGCACGUUCCCCACGCACCUGAGUGUUCCAGAAGAUGAGAAGUCGCUCGAGCCCUUUUACACCAGCUACGUAGACAAAUCAAACGUGACUGGUGGCUUGAUCCAACGUCCGCUCUCAAUAGCAGGGAUUGCAAUCCAAGACCAGGUGAUUGGGUUGGUGGAUGAAGCGUUCCUUGGCCGCACUGAUGGCUCACUGGACGGGCUACUGGGACUGGGACUAGGCGCAGUCGGAACAUCCUCAUAUCUAUCUAUCUUCGGCUCCAUGAUAGCGGACAAGCUGAUCGAAAGGAAUAGCUUCAGCAUUGCGCUCCUGGGCACCGCCGACAUGGAUGAGAGGGACUCAGGCCUGUUGGCGUUUGGUGGAAUUCCGGAGUCAAUCAAACUAACAUCAGAAUGGGGCAUUGCGCCUAUCUUGACGGACGCGUUUUAUGCGAUUGAAGUUGAUGGAUUCAUGUUCCCAGGGAGCGCAAGAGAUCACGCUCUCGCUGGAUCAGAGAAUUGCGGUUAUGGACAGUGGGACGUUCGUAACACGUCUUCCUCCCCCAGUUGCUGA